CGGCAGUUCAAAUUCAAACUUCCUUCACUGCAGUUGAAGUCAUUUUUUUAUCCAAAAGCGUUUAUACGUGAUAGAAAAACGGGAUACAGCUCGACUGGAAUGUUGAAUUUUGAAAAUAACUCUUGAAACUUCAACAGGCCUUUUAAGAGAGGAGCAUUUAAUUACAAAGUACAAAGGAUGAUCACGAGAAAGUUUGCGGUUGUCAUGAUUCUAUAUGCAUUGGGGGGCAUGUGCAAAGGGCAAGAGACGCCGUCAACCGUUGGAGAGCGUCGCCUGUGCCCCCCAUCGGCCGACCUGCCACAACCGGCCGACAGAUUCGACUCGCGGUCGCGACUCGACAGUUUGCGAAACGAAAUGAAGAAGCAGAACGUCAUUCAGGGUCCCAUUAUAGAUGCUUACCUCGUUGCCACUGGGGAUGAACAUCAGAGCGAGUAUGUGGCGGACCGCGACAAGCGACUGCAGUUCAUUUCGGGCUUCAGCGGCAGUGCUGGCAUAGCUGUGAUCACGGCCACCAAAGCCGCAUUGUGGACCGACGGCAGAUAUCAUUCACAGGCCGACAACCAACUCUCCUGCGACUGGAUGCUAAUGGGCCGGGGCGACAAACCUAAAAACUUGACAGACUGGCUGCGCGAAGAGGUGCGCAUAGGUGCCCGCGUUGGAGCUGACCCGGCGCUGAUGGCCAACUCACAAUGGGAGGUUCUCAACAAAAAACUAUCAGAGUAUUCCAUUUUCCUGCUGCAAAUCAAAAAUAAUCUGAUCGAUCAAAUUUGGACUGAGGACAGACCGGCUUAUUCCCAGCACCAAGCUUAUCCAUGGCCGCAGUUGUAUGCUGGCAAAGGACAUAUGGCGAAAAUUCUAGCGGUGAGGAAUGAAAUGAGAGAACAAGAGUGCGACGCCCUGAUUAUAACGGCACUGGAUGAGAUUGCUUGGCUGCUAAACAUUCGUGGCAGGGACAUUCCCUAUAAUCCAGUGCUGCGUUCCUAUGUCAUCAUCACAAGAGAUCAGGUCAAACUGUAUGUCAAUCCUGCGAAGCUGAACGACGCAGUCAAGCGCCAACUCAGCACUGAAAGUUGUUUCAGUCCGCUCUGUGUACGGAUUCAGAACUAUGAGAACAUAUGGGAGGACCUGAGAACCUUCUCACAACUUUGGAAAAGAGUUUUGCUUCCAACUGCAUCCGAAUUCAGUCCAGGAGUCAGCCGAGCUGUUUUUAUGAGUAUUCCAGUGGAUAAGAGAAAGUUGGCACCAUCGCCCAUUGUAGCAAUGAAAGCAGAAAAGAAUCUAGUGGAGAGAGAGGGCAUGCGCAAUGCUCAUAUAAGAGAUGCUGCUGCUAUUUGCGAGUUCAUGUCCAUGUUUGAAGAACAGAUGGAUAACAAUGAAGGAGAGUGGACGGAAAUGAAGGUGGCCGAAACAUUGGAUGAAAUUCGUAUGCAACAAAACAUGAGUCGUGGAAUCAGUUUCCCGACAAUUGUUGGGUUCGGAUCACACGGCGCUCUGCCCCAUUACGAGCCGACCAAUCUCACCAACGUUGCCAUCGAUAAGAGUAGCACACUGGUCAUUGACUCGGGAGGCCAUUAUCUAGAUGGAUCGACCGAUGUAACACGGACCUACCAUUUCGGAAAUCCUAGUGAAGAAGAGAAGGACAGUUACACGCGUGUGCUGAUGGGCCACAUAGACAUGGCAUCUUUUGUAUUUCCGAAAAACUUUCCGAUGAACGGUGCAGAUGUGCUGGCCAGGGGUCCUUUAUGGCAGGAUAGCAAGGACUAUGCCCACGGGACAGGUCAUGGGAUAGGCGUUUUCCUCAAUAUACAUGAAGCUCCUAUUCUCUUGAGUUGGAGUAAAAUAUCAAAUGGAAAGAUGUUCAAGGAAGGCUAUUUCUUCACUGAUGAGCCUGGUUAUUACAAAACAGGAUCAUUUGGAAUAAGACUGGAGAACGUUUUGGAAGUUGUAAAGAAAGAUGAAAAGAGCGAUUCAAGUGACGAAUUCCUUGCCUUCAGAGCAGUCACAUUAGUACCUUUUGAAAUGAAAUUAGUCAAUAUGGAUCUGCUGUCUCCUAUGCAGAGACACUGGCUGAACGAAUACAACGCUCGUAUCAGAUCGGAGGUGGGGGCAGAGCUGAAGAGACAAAAGCGAAUGAGAGCCUACAAUUGGAUGAUGAAAAAGACAAAGGACAUUCCCGAGGUUUGCUGUCGAGCCAGUUCGGCGAGGUCUGGCGAGUGUGUCUCGUGUGUUCCCGCCACAGUGUUAGCAAUCGUCUUGCUAGCAUUCUCCAUUUAACGCAUUUAGUAGAGGUCAUCCAAAUAGACUCCGGUCGCUGAUGUGGUUCAAAGGGCCCAAUGUUACAUAUAUUCGAAGUUACAUUCCAAGGAAAGUACGCCAGAAUCCAUUAUAAUAAACAAUAGUUAUUGUUAUAGAUUAUAUUAUUUAUUUAUUGUGAUAGUUCUAUGUGGUAAAGUACUAUUAGUAUAAUCAUCUUCCUAGUCUAUUAUUACUUUCUUUUAUCAAUGUGAUCAUAAAUAAAUGUUGAAAAAUGUAUUACCAUUAGGAUUAGAAAAGUUAUAAUUAUUAUGUGUGAUCAGUACUAAAUGUAAAAUAAUCUUAUUAUACAAAGUCUAGAUUUGUCAAUAUUAUUUGUAUCGCUUUUAUAAUAUUAUUCUGUAUGUGGCAAUUAAUGUAAACAUUUGUAGUUGAUGCUUCAUGUAGGUAGUUCAAUCUGAUAACACGCAUCAUUAAUAUUAAUAAAAAAGCACAAAUUAAUGUGGAGAAUUAAUAAUAUUAUAAUCUGUACUGCAUAUCAAUAUCAUUUUUACGAUAGAUUGUUAUAAAGAUUAAAAUUACAACAGCAAUAUUCAUAGAUGCAAUGUGUGUUAGGUAGGAACUGUAUUGGAAUUGCUAUAAAUGGGUAUUUAGGUCAAUUAAUACUAUUGAAAAAUGAUUUAAUAAGUUUGAUUUAUAUUCUUCAAUAGUAACUGAGUUUUGUUUUUUGAAUUGAUUCAGUUAGCAAUAUACUCCAGUCGAGUCAAUUUCUAAAAUAAGGUACACAUCGUACAAUUAUUUUAAUAUUUAAAAUAUGUUACCAAAAUGUCUUUAUACUCUGUCCAAACUGGCAUGAGCGCUGACCCUCGCUCCCCCACGCACAGGCACACACGCCCGGCCCACCUGCGCCAUUGAUAUAUUAUGUAGGCCUACAUAGUAGGCAGACCGUCCCUUUACUCACACACACACACACACACAAGGAGACUGCGCUUGUUUGUGUGAAUAGUAGGAGGGUCGGCCUAAUCCUUCAGAGCUCAUGCCUAUUUGGACAGAGUAUAGUUCAUCCUAGAUAUUAGUUAGCAUUGUGAAUUAAUAAGUAAAUAAAUUACUGUAUGAUUGUAAAAUUAUGUAUCUGAAAAAUGACAAAAACAUGUUAGUCCCAGGUAUGACAAAAUGUUAUCAAAAUCUUAUCAUGCAUUUCAGAGAUUAUUUGAUGAGA